ACAUUUAAAAUAAAAUCAUCUAAAUAUCAACACAAAAUUUGGCUGUUUAUUUAAAUUUAGGAAAUAAAUGAAGAUUUCGAGAUCAUAAGAGAUCCAUAAUAGAGAAGUAAUGGCUACUAAUUCGAACAAAGAGGAGUUAAACAACAUUAUGGAGGAGCCUGAUGCAGUUAUUGGUGCCUCUGGUGACGAUCUUGCACUUGAGCUGGACGCUUAUAAUAGUGGUACAGUUGACGUGGCGAAUAACACUUUUCGGGAACUUUGUAAAACAUUGGAAUAUGAACAAAUUAAAUUGAGGGAGCUUGAAGCCAGGCGUUGUAGAUUACAGGAAGAAGUGGAUCUGUUAAAGAAGGAAAUUGAUGAAGAAAAGCUCUUAUAUAGUAAGAGCUUGGAAGAAUUCAAUAUUACCCCUAUGAAUUGCAUUGGUGAUGCUGCAGGUGUUUCCAAAGCGUUAUGUUCAAGUGAAAAGGAAUCCGAUAAUAUUUCUGGUGACGUAGCAGCUUUGGACCUUCAAAUAUCUGAUGCGAGCGGAAAAGACUUUAUGAUGUCAUCAACUGACCUAGCAGACCGUGAAAACUUUCAAGAUGAGGAGGAGUGAGCAGUCACUAUCACUAUUAGCAUAAUUCGUUUCGUUGACAGUUUUUUGGAUUUAGUUUUGAAAUUAAAAGUUUACAUAAAAAAGUCAAGUUUUAUUAAU